GUGAGGACAGUGGAGUGGUGCAGUUGCAAGGAGUCGAGGUCCAGAGGUCGACUGUGUGAGAGAGAGAGAGAGAGAGAGAGAGAAGUGAAGAAGCGAGUGCAGACAGGUUGGAGAAGAGUGGGAUAGAUGGAUAUCUGCAAGAGUGAAAGGGAAAGUUUCCAAGACAGUGUUAAGACCUGCUCUGUUGUAUAGUUUCUAGUCAGUGAGAAAAAGACAGGAGGACAGGAGAUGAAGAUGAAGGUGGCGGAGCCGAAGAUGCGGGGAUUGUCAUCACGGGAGAUGAGGAUGGACAGGAUUGGUUUAUUAGAGGGACCGUAGGACAUUUUGGAUGUUGUGAGAGGUGUAACUGAGAUGCUUUGGACAUGUGCAGAGGAGGAACAUGGGGUAUAUCGGUAGAAGAAUGCUGAGAAUGGAGCUGGCAGGCAGGAGGAAAAGAGGAAGAUGGAGGAGGAGGUUUAUGGAUGCGGUGCACAUGGUUGGUUUGAAGAGGUAGAUGUAGAGGACAGGGAGGCAUGGAGACAGAUGAUCCACUGUAGCGACCUGUAAUGGGAGCAGCUGAAAGAAGAAAAUGAUGAAAUGUGUCAAAAGAAAAGAUAGCAGGAUUGGAUGUGGUGCCCGGCUCAUCAAGCGGCCAUAAGCGAAUAUUUGAAUAUUUGAUAAUAACUGACCAGGACACCUUCUAGGCCAUGCAUCAGUGCAUAGUGACCACCACUGGACAGAUGUUAUCUAGCUUUCCGGAUGUAGCUGAAGGUCCUGACCAGUGUUCUCCCCUCACAACAACACUCCUCUCGUAUUUCCUGCGCUGCAUGGCUUCACCUGACCGCAUCUUUCUCCCUCUCACCGUUGCCCCAAUCCAGCAGCCCCUCAUGCUUUGGAUAAGGGCUGCUCCCGGACUGCCUCAUGACUGCCUGGAUCGUUCUGCCAGUCAGCCUGUCGGCGUUCUCCAUCACGGGGAUAUGGAUAGUGUAUGCCAUGGCAGUGAUGAACCACCAUGUGUGUCCAGUCGAAAACUGGACAUAUAAUGUGACCUGUAAUGAUGAACCAGCCAAGAGGGGCUUCCCCAAGACCUGCUGUACUCUACAGGACAUCCCUCUUAUCAGUAAAUGCGGCUGCUACCCACCCGAAAGCUGUCUCUUCAGCCUCAUAGGCAACGUCGGGGCCUUUAUGGUGGUAAUGAUUUGCAUGUUGCGUUACGCUCAUGUGAUCGAGCACAGCCAUCAUUGCUGGGUCAACACGAGCGCUCUGGUCUCCGGUUGCAUUAACGCUCUCGGACUCGUCAUGGUGGGCAACUUCCAGGUCGACCAUGCGAAGACUCUGCAUUACGUCGGAGCCGGUGUGGCGUUUCCAGCAGGUCUGCUGUUCGUGUGUCUGCAGUGCGUGCUCACGUACCGCAUUGCCGAGACCGCGCUGGACUUCUGCAUGGCCCACGUGCGUGUGGCUCUGUCAGCUGGAGCGCUGAUCUCCCUCAUCCUCAGCGGCAUCUUCUUCAUCCACGAGAGCUUCGUGUUGCAGCACGCGGCCGCCAUCUGCGAAUGGAUCUUCACCGUCCUUAUCCUGGUCUAUUACGGAACCUUCACGUACGAGUUCGGCAGCGUCAGCGGCGACACCAUGAUGGCCGCCCUGGUCUACGGCCGACCGCACGACACCUCGGGAUCAGGAGUCAUCAUUGGAGGCAUGGGGAAAAGCAUUCCCAUGGGCUGUGGUGCUCGAAGUAUGAAGUCACCAGGAGGAAGUAGCACCUCCACACACCUCAACUGCAACCCAGAGAGUGUGGCCAUUUUAUAAUGCACAGAGAGGGUGGGUUUGGGCUCAGGUCAAUCACGGAUUUCAAUCUUACUAAACCGUGAGGUGCUGUAAGAGAGCCAUAGAUUAGGUGUAAAGUACAUCCGAAUGAAAUAAAGUUAUGUAAAAGACGAUUAAUAUACUUUCUCGAAAAUCAUCUUUCUAACCUUAAAGACGUGUUAAAGCUGGCAAUAAAUGUCCAAAAUACUAAAAAAAUAUCACAGUUAAGGUUAGUCAACAUUAUCUGUGUAACAUUUAUAAUGUUAUAAUAUGCUAUUAGCUUAACUAUUUAUACAGUAUCUGUCUGAAGUUUGGAAACACCCAGGUUUUCAUGGUUUUUGAGAGACACGUGCAUGUUCUUUUGUUCCUAUGCAACAAAUUAGGUCUUUUAACGGAAUAAACGGAUUGACUUUUUUUAUUUCAUUGAAAAAUCCUCCCUUGAGUGAAUAACAUGUGAAUAACACUCUUGGCAUUUGAAAGGUUGUUUUCUUCAACCAUACAGCUGAAAUUUGUUGCCGUGCCUCUUGUAAAACUUGCCAAAGGUCAUACGCACCGGUAGAUUUCUUUCUGACCUUGUGAUCCAGUUCAUCCCAGAGCAGUUCAAUAGGAUUUAGGUGUGGAGACUGGGCAGACCGUUCCACGAUAGAUAACACUCCAGCCGUCUGUUUGCUGCCUAAAUAUUGCUACAGAGCUUGGCCGUACGCUUCGACUAAUUGUCUAGGUGUAUGGUGAAAUCGGUUCCAAUGAGCCGCAGUCCAGACGGAAUUGCAUGGUGUUGAACUAUGGAAUGGUUGCCAUGUUGGUUCAGUUUUCCUUUCACUCGGAAUAAAUCUUUAACCUUCCCUGCUCCAAAACAACCCCAAACCAUUAAACUUCCACUUUCAUAAUUGACUGUGGGUAUGAGGCAGUCUGCUAACAUCUUCUCUCCUUUUCUCCAUCUUGUAGAAGUUCUUCUGUCAGUCAAAUCUGUCUCAAUAGCAUGUGUCCACAGCACUUUCUCCACUUAUUCACUGUCCAAUUCUUGUGUUUUUGUCUUUUACUGAGUUUGUUACAUAUAAACAAAAAGGAACAAAAAUGCGUCUCAAAAACCAUACAAACCAAACAUUUGACUGGAUCUGUAACUGCUUAAUUUCUGUCAUUUCUAAUCACUAAUUUUACAGAACUUCAGUUCUCAAAACCUUGUCACUACAUAUCACUAUAUAUUAUAUAUAAUUUGAAGCAUCGUUCCUAGUAAGUCAACUCCUUAAGUUGUUUCUUUCGAUUUUUUUUUCUUUUUCCCCAAAAAGGCAUUUGUAUGUGCAUUGAGAAGCUGAUGUAGAGGCAAGUUCAUGUCUGGAAAUUCUUAAUUUGAAAAGUUAAUAUAAAUGAAUUAUUGCUAACCUUAAUCCAAUAAUAGGAUAAUGGCAUUAUCAAUUGACAAUAUUCAAAAGACAUCUACAGAUAUGACAGUGGUGAUGAUAAAACAUAAACUAAUUAACUAACUAAAUAUUUUGAUGAGUUGUAAAGUAGGUAGCUGAAAUAGCACAGUGUAAAACAGGCUUAAUUAACUCUUGUCGACUAAUUGAAAUAUUAAGGCGCUAUUAACAAUUAUACGGAAAUGAAUACAAAACAAACAGAUCCUGUGCCACUUUUUGUCCAAAUUUCUCCUGAUCAAACCUGACUUCCGAUCAAAGCAAGCACGGUAAACUGUUCUGCGUAUUUAUUCGUAUGUAUUCGAAAUCAGAAUUGAAAUCGGUACGGGAAAGACGGCAAACCGGACACAUUUUCUCUCGUCGUGAGGAUAUGUUUCACAGAAAAGCAAAACUUUUAGUAUUUUUAUCGCUUUAUUUAUCAGUUUUGAUUUUUAUUUUAAGACUAAAACACUGCAUUCCAUGUUGCAGUACGUUUUUAUCACUGGGUUGCAGGAGUGUUACAAUGAAAUGCAAGCACUGUUCUUUCACAGUCUCAGGUCUUUCCUUAGGCAGUGAGAAAACAGAAAGUUUUUAUUCUGGGAAUAUAAAAGCUUAAGACUAGCCUAUAAACCCUAAGCACUAGAAAGAACCAACAUACCAGACAUGCAGUACAUUAUUCCAACACAGAACAUGCCUAUAGGUUAUUUUUUCUAUUGUUAACAAAACACAGUAUAUUUAUCGAAAAAAAUACAAAAAACAGCUGUAAAAAUUUUCCAAUUGUCUCAGUCUUGAUUGUACGGCAUGCGUUCGGGGGCAUUUUCCAGCAUUUAUAAAGCUGUAUAUAGCAGACGUUUCUCUCCAAGAAGCACAAAGAAAUGCUAUGUACAUUCUAAACACCACCUGGGGUAGUUUUCCAAACUACGUCUUUACUGAGGACAUAAUCAUUUCCUUUUUUUUUUUUUUUUUUUUAGUGAUUUUUUCUUUUAUUUUUUUGUUGUCAUGAAGUUUGAGCCGGACAUACACGUGUAAAGUUUACAUGCUGCUAAAGGUUGCAAAAGGGGUAGAACAUUUCCAGGAACUUUUUAUGGGUACUUCAUCAGGGAAUUUUGGGGGGAAAAAAGUUGGAAACUUACCAGGAAUUUCUAGGAAUGAAUUAGAAAUUUGAGGAAAUUGAUAUAAAAUUUGUUAUAUACAAACAUAAAUAGAAACAUUUGAUUUGUUCAUAAGCUGACAUGCAUGCAAACUAAUACAAUUUUCAUAAAUGACAUCUUUUACUUUGAUUUAAAUGUUGUAUUAUUUUGUUGCACAAUGGCUUACACACAGCACAAGGAAGUUUUAAUGUUAAAUGUAUGUAAUAUUUAUGUAAUUUAGGUGAAUACUUGCCAAGAUGGACGUUUUUUGACAUUAUUUUGUGUGCAAGAUUCAAGAAAUGAUGUGUGUUAUUGAAUGCACAAUGCAUGUAGGGGGCGUGGCUUCAAAAGCCCUGCAGUAAGUGUGCAUGUGAUUGAUGAAAGUAGUAGGUUAUAGCAACUGAAAUUGCAAUACUUUUUUUUUUUUUUUUUAACCAAGAUUAUUAACCUGCAAGAUUUUUUUCCCCAACUACAUUUAAGUUCCUGUUGUGGGCUACCCAAUUGCAAUUUUUGUAAAUUUCCAGUUUAUUCCCAGUAAUUCCUGUUAAUUCACAUGGAAAGUUUCCAGUUUUGAAAAUUCCUGGAAUUUUGACUAUUUUUAUGUUUUGCUCAUGAGAUAUAUUUCUUUUUCUUUUUUGCUAUAUGUUAGCAAUAAAUAGAUUUUACUACUUGGUGGUGCUAAGACGAGGUAGAGGCGGUCGUUUAAGACGGUCCACUCGGAAUUUCUCGUCAGUAGUUAUCAUAGGUUUGUCCAUCAUCAAAAAAAACAAAAACAAAACAACGCAUUUUUCUUCAUGAUUUUGUUUUCUCUUUCAUUUCUUCCUCAUGAAACCUCACAAAACUGCAGCUGUUUCAACUUAUUACUGAUUAUUAUUGUUUUGACACUACAUGCUUCGAAAUCCACUAUAUGGACAAAAGUUUGUGGACUCCUGAUCAUAAGAUGUGUACGUGCUUUUUUCCACAUUUAGUCCCUGUUUGCUUCUGUAAUAACGUCCAUUCUACUGGGAAGAUGUUCCACCAGAUUCUGGAGAUUUGUGCUCAUAAAUAAGAAUGUUAGUAAAGUCAGGUACUGAUGUAGGGGAUUUGAGAAGGCCUGGGGUGCAGUCAGCGUUCCACUUGGUAUUCACUGGGGUGGAGGUCAGAGUUUUAUAGCAGGCCAUUCAAGACCUUCUAUUUAAACCAAUGUAAAGCAUAUCUUCAUUGAGCUCGCUUUGUUCACAGAGGUUUUGUCAGGUUGGAACAGGUGAACAAGUGAAUUGAAAAUUCAAUGUUACUGCGUACAAAAGUCGUCCUAUACAAUUGGGUGUUUUCUUUCUGGGAACCACAAACACCAGGAAAAGUGAGGCUUCCCAAUACUUUUGUCCAUAUUGUGUAUUUUCUAGAUUUGAAAAAAACCUCCCGACCUGCUAAAUGUGAAGCUGAAAAGUGUCCUGAGUCUAUACAGUAUUUUAGUAAUUAGUCAGUGAUGGAAGCGAUGAUUCACAUCAUUAUGUUGAUGCUAAUAUGUUGUAGUAUGAUGUAUGUGUUACUCAUUUGUUUGCCAUUGCUGACACUGCAAUAAUUCUAUAUUGAACUGUGCCAAACUAGGGCUGGGCGAUAUGACUCAUAUCAUAUCUAAUUUAUCAUUAGGUUUGUUUUCUGAUUUAACAUUUUUUUGUGUUCAUUUUUGGAUGAAAAUGAAAACAUACAUUCCACAAAAUCUAUAGUGUAUCACAAAGACGUGCACUAGUAUAAUGCGCAUAAAUAUAGUAUAUACACUUUGAUGUUUAUUAUUAACCCCACAUUACAGCGAACUUGUGAUUAUUUUUCUAUAACAGGCUUGUCUUGAUUAAAUUUAAUUAAUUUUAAUCUAUUUAAUUACAUCGUACAGGCAAUAUCAGUUAACCAAUUUGGUUCCUGUUAACAUUUACACUAUAACAGUCCUUCAGAACAUCCUUGAGAAGCAUUUUUUUGAUGAGAAAACUCUUUCCAUAAAUGUCCAUAAACCACUAUAAUCAUUUAUAUCUUUUGGUUAAAUAACGACUUCUGAAAUGUGUUUUAUUAUUAGGAUUAAAUUAUGUAAUUUAUACUAUAUACUGUAUUGGAAAUGAUUGAAACGAUUGUCCAAGCAGCUGUUAUAGAAAAUGAAUCAACACCUUCUAAAUAAUCAGAUUUCAGAAAUUCAGCAGUUCUGUGGUAUUAAUGUGAGGUAUAUCUAUAUGUAUAUGAUAUAUUUGCUAUAUCGCCCACCCCUAGUUCCAACAUAUUGUACCUCUGUAUGAAUCUUCUUUCAAACUAAUGAAAGUCGAUAAUCCUUUUCUACAAUGGGCCAAAUUCAAAAGCCUGGAAUAAAAUCUAUGCUCGUGACAGUAACGAUGUUGUAAGAAACUAUGCGUAUUAACACUCUGGGUUUGUGCUUCGGUACAGUGAUGCGAAGGGAAAGGCUGGUACUAAUCUUGAGUUGCUAAUCCUGUAAUGUUUGAUUCAAUUCAGAUUUUGAUCAGUAAUGUUUUUAUGAUGUCUAAUCUAAGUAAAGCUCUUGGAAUACAAAUUUCUGUCCUGUGAAAUGACAGUUUACUUUCGGCUGUAUGGAAGCAUGAAGGCUAAAUGAAUGAUGAUGAAAUGGA